AAACACACUCGGCUCGCCUCCACGCCGGCGUCCUGCAACAACCAUGUCUCUGACCACCACCAAACCCCAGUUGUUGACGUCCACCCAAACCCAAACCCUGACCCCAUUCCCAGCCCCCACCCUCCCCCUCACCACCUUCAUUCCUGCUCCCACAAGCUCCGGAGAGCCCAGAACUGAGCCGGAGAACAUCACGUCUAGGAUCACGUGGUCCGCCAACGGGACGGGCCUGAACUCCACGCAGCUGCCCGUGGCGUCGGUGGAAGGCGCUGGGAUGGGAAUGGUGCUUGUACCCUUCGGCAUCAUCACAGUCAUUGGGCUGGCUGUUGUUGUGCUUCUGUACAUCCGGAAAAAGAAGAGGCUGGAGAAACUGAGACACCAGCUGAUGCCCAUGUAUAACUUUGAUCCAGCUGAAGAACAGGAUGAUCUAGAGCAGGAACUCUUGGACCACGGACGAGACGGAAGCCCAGCAGGACCAAACUCCAAAACACUGACCACAAGUCAGGGAACAACCCAAAAACCCAGUCGACUUGUUUUCACUGACGUGGCCGAUGCCAUUAAUGCAUGACGACACUUUGCAGGCUGCACGGGAACAAAGCGACACCAAAUCUGGACAACUGGACACACUGGGAUUCAGGAAUAUUUGCAUUGACAUUUGGUACAGUAUAGUACACUGUAAAAAAAUUUGGGUUAACUGCUGCCUUUUUAAUGAAUAAUUGCUAAGCCAAAGUUACAAUCUGCAGCACUGAGAUCAUUACAUUUUUGACCACUUUGAUUUGAAUUAUAUAAGCAUUUAGUA